AUCUCUCAAUACCAUUUUAUAACUGGAAUAAAAAUAUCUACAUUUCUGUCUAUUGACCCCGGUCUUGAUUCUUUAAAUGAUAUAUUGAACACUGUCUACGAAUUACCUAAAACUAUGACUUGCUGAUCCAGGCCAUGUAGACUAUGAUAUAGAAAUAUUAGAAGAAGAAAGAAGUAUAUAUUUCAAUGUUUACUAGUUAUUUGCUUUAAUAUCUUGUUCAAAUAACAUUUAUUUUAAUUAUAAUUGAUAUGGAACAAAAAGUCGUUAAGGAAGAAAUUGAUAUAAACGACGAUUUUGUUUGGAGUAUGGACAUCAAACAAGAAACAAGGGAGGAAAUACCUACAACUUUUCAAAAUGUAAUUAAUGAAAGUGUUUCUCCUAUAAAACAAGAAAUUCAACCAUGUGCACAUGAAAUAAGUGCUUGUGAAUGUAAUCAUCGAUGUCAAACCGCUAAUUUCCAUAAAAUGACGGACCUUAGUGUACAAUAUUUGAAGACAAUCAAUUUUUCCUCACUUUCUCUAGAAGAAAAAAUACAAAUUAAAAGUAUUGGGCGUCCGAAACCAGGUGUAUUGAUUACGAAUGUAACUAAAUGUAAAAGUCGUGAAUAUAAACGUACAUUUAAAACAGAAACUUAUGAAAAAACUGACUGGUUGUGCGGGUGUGAUGUGAGUAAUAGCCUCUACUGCUUUCCGUGUUUAUUAUUCGGAAGCGAUGAGACGUCAGAAUGGAUAAAAUCUGGCGUUAGAGAUCUCAUACAUUUAUCAGAAAAAAUUAAAAAACAUCAAAACUCUAAAUCUCAUUUAUCUGCUAAAUUAGAAUAUAAUUUAUUAGGUAAACAAAAUAUUCGUCAACAAUUGAAUAGUGCAUAUAGAUCAAGCAUUCAAAAACAUAACGACCAAGUGAAAAAUAAUAGAUAUGUCUUAUCUAAAAUUAUAAACUGUAUAAAAUUUUGUGGUGCAUUUGAGCUUGCUCUCCGUGGACAUGAUGAACAGGAAGAUUCUGUAAAUCCUGGCAUAUUUAGAGGACUUAUAAAUUUUUCUGGAGAACUGGAUUUAGCACUGAGGGAUCAUUUGCAGCAAGCUACAGUGUUUAAAGGUACAGCAAAAGAUAUUCAAAAUGAUUUAUUGGAGUGCAUGCUUUCUGUGUGUCAAGCACAUAUCAAAAAAGAAAUUGCCGAAUCAAAAUUUGUAUCCAUUAUGAGUGACGAAACAAGUGGUAUUUCCAAUGUUUUCCAAAUGGUUAUAGUUUACCGUUAUACUUUACCAAAUGGCAGUCCCAUUGAGAGAUUUUGGACUUUUGUAAAACCAAAUGAAUAUGAUGCUGUUGCCUUAGCUAAUUGCAUUGAAGAAGCAUUAAAUUAUGUUUUAAGAAAUCCCGAUCAGUUGAUUUCUCAAAGUUAUGAUGGAGCAAGCAUUAUGAGUGGUGUUCAAAAACUUAUUAAAGAUAAAUUUAAAUAUGCUCAUUAUAUUCAUUGCUAUGCUUACCAAUUAAACUUGAUUAUGUCUCAGGCAACAAGCAUAAAUAUGAAUGCACGUAUAUUUUUUGCUGAACUGACUGGCAUUACCAAUUUUUUUUCCAACUCUCCAGAAAAAGUUGCCAUAUUGGAUGAAGUGGUUGGAAAUAAAGCAUCUACUAGCAGAUGGAACUUCAAAAUUAGAACAGUUGUUAAUAUUGUAUAUGAAAACCGGGAGUCUCUUAUACUCUGUUUGGAAAAAAUACAAUCGACUUCUAUACAAUCUGAUACCAUCACAAAGGCAGGCGCACUUUUAAGAUUAUUGUAUGAUCCAAAGUUUAUUUUUUGGUUGUCAGUUUUUCAUCGUAUAAUACCCCACGUCAAUAUUUUAUAUUCACAGCUGCAAAAAGAAGCUACUGAUUCGGUAACUGUAAAAAAAUGCAUUACUGAGUUUGAGCAAAAUAUUCAGAAAGAACGAUGUAAUUUACAUACUAUUGAAACUGAGUUAGUAAACAUUGACGGCAGACAAGCUAGGAAAAGAAAAAAGACAGAUGAGAAACAUUCUUAUGUUCCUAUGGUUGUGCAAGCUAAGGAGGUAUGUGACACUAUAAUUGCAGAAAUCAAACAAAGAUUUUCAUUUACUGGCCAUCUGGAAAUAGCACACUUAUUUUCAGUGGAAAAUUUUGAUACAUUUUCAAAGAAUUUUCCCGUACUACACCUAAAUUCAGCAAUUAUGAAUUUUCCUUUUUUGAACAAAGAUAAAUUGAAGACCGAACUAGAAAUAAUAUACAGAACAUCAGAUUUUAGAGAAGUUUCAGGAGCAGUCCAUCUACUUAAAUUUUUAAUUGAAAAUAAUUUGCAAGUAGAUUUUUCAGAGACAUUUUCAGUGCUACAAGCAAUUGUUACAAUGCCCAUGACAACUGCAGAAGCAGAACGUUGUUUCUCCACAUUAAAACGAAUAAAAACUUUUCUUAGAAGUACAAUAGGUGAGAAUAGGUUAACUGCUCUCGCAAUGUUAUCCAUUGAGAAACAAAUGAUUCAAGAGAUCCCGAAUUUUAACGACUUGGUUAUUGAUAAAUUUAUCUUGAAAAGGGACAGACGUAUUGAUUUUGAAUUCAAAACGUGUUUGUGAAGUAUAAAAACCAUCCCUGUAUCUACAAAGCCAAUUUUAUGACCAGAUCAAGUACUCAUAAUCAGGUUUGGUAGUGUAUAAAGGAUAUUUUUGAGCAAGGUCAUUUGGCAUCAAUUUUUUUCACCCCAAUGUAUUGAACCAUGCACAAUUGAAGAAUUUACGAUUGUAUAUAAAAUAAAGAAUUGGAACUCCUAUAAGAUUAAUAUACACAAUUCUGGAAAUAAAUUGGAAAGUUUGAUAGUUGGAUUUGAAAUGCGAACUAAAAAGGCCAUAUAUGUAAUUGUAAUACUUAGUAUUACGUAUAUGGUUCAGGCCAUAUAAUCUAUGAUAUAAAAAUAGAAGAAGAAAAAAGUAUUCAUUUCCAUGCAAAGACAAUUGCUAUGUCUGUUUCUAGACUCACUUUAAAUUUGUUUGGAUGUUUCUUUUUAAUAAUAAUAAUUUAAAUUAUUUUUUAUUAUAAUUGAUAUGGAGACAAUGAUCGUUAAAGAAGAAAUCGAUAUACAUGACGACUUUGUUUGGAAUAUUGAUGUUAGACAAAAAAUGUUGCCUACUACAAGUUUUCAUAAUAUAAUUGAUAAAAGUAUAAAACAAGAAAUUGAUGACAAUGUCAAUACAAAUCAAGUAUUUGACGAAUCUACGAUUGCAUGCAAAAUAAAGAGAGACAUCUCUCAUAAGAAUAUUGGAAACAAAUGUAAAUAUUUAAAAGUGAAACAUUGAAGGCAAACUACAACAAAAGUUAUGUUCAAAGAAUAUUAAGAUUUUUUAUUUGUACACAAAUUUCUAUUGAAAGUUAGUUUCAAUAUUUUUUUCAGAACAUGAAAAAUUGAAAACACAUAGCCAGGAUUAUAAUAAGUGAGUUUUGUAGAAAUCCAUACGCAAAACAAAAAAUAGAAUUCCUAUGCCACUUUUUACAAAUAAUUUUGUGGAAUUAAAAAAAUUACAAUAUAAUUUGCAAAAACUGUAACUGAUCUUACAUUUUUUAGAAAUCUUCAUCAAGAUGUAAAAAAUGAAAUUGGAAUAGUUGAACAUGAUUUGAAGGUAGAUUUGCAAGACAACAGUUCUGAUGGAUCACCUGGGGUUCCAAAACUAACUGAUACUAUCUCUAAGGAUCAUUUUUUUGGGGUUGGAAAAUAUGAAGAGGAUAUUAGUCCAAGCUGCAUUCCAACAAUAUUUCCUCCUGUGUAUAAAAGAACGAAUAUUAAUGAAAAGACAUCAAAAAAUAAGCUAAGAAUAGUUAAAGAUCAAAUUACUAUAAUGACCACUGACACUAAAAUAAUUCCACAGCGUGCUGAUAUUAUUGUGAGUUCUGUAACUGAUGAAGGAUGCCAAGUAGAUUUUCUACCAAAUUCCAAUCAAAUUAGAAAAACAUUUACCUGCAGUAGAUAUAUGUAUGUGGGUGAUAAUAGAAGUGAUGCUGAGAUUCAGACUGAAAUAAUAGAAGCGAAAACUCAAAUUAUUAUCAAUCGGAAGAAGUACAAGGACAAAGCAUGUAAUACGCCAAUUAGAGAUUUUAAUACCCAAUCAAGUGAAACAACAGAUAACAUUUUAUAGGCGUUGGAUAAAUUACUAGAAAAAAGUUAUUCUUUAUAAAAAGUUCUGCAUGGUCCAAAAUCUGAAAUUCAAUCAUCAGAUGUUAAAUUUUUUCAGUCGUAUAUGAAGUUUGUCAAAAAAUCUGAUUUUUGCUCUAGAGUAAAGUACCUUUCUUUUUGACAAUAUCGAAAAUUGUUAUAAAGAAAAGAUGUUUAGAAUUAAAAAUAGCUUUCAAAUAUUCAACAUUGUUUAUUUACAUUAAAAAAUAUUUUUUUCUACAUUUUCCCUGCGAUUAUGUUGGAAAUUUAAGUGUGUACAUUAAUGCAUUGCAUUUAUUAAUUAUAAAUUUGAUUAAACAAUUCUCAAUAAACUUUUAAAAACAA